AUGUCUCAGAUACUCGUUCCAGACUAUGGCCAGACUAGUAGCUCGCCUGUGCUCUUCUCCGCCGGCGCGGCCCCAUCUCCGCGCCUGGCCCUCCUCCCACAGCAGUCCUCCCCGUGCCCAGUCGCAGCGCUGCUCCGCCCUCGAGCUGCUUCCACCCCUCUCCACAUCCAGUGGGUGGGCCGGCCUCCCCUAGCCGCUCCUCCUCCACCCGCGGCCGCAUGCCCGCGCUGGCCCGGUCGUCCGCGUCAGCGCCCCCGCGUGCCUGCUACUACGGCCCGCUCCGUCAAACGCCCCGGCGCGCCAGGCCUACCCUGCUAUGCCAGCGUCGCUGCCCCUCGCCGGCUCCCACGCUCCUGCCGGCUCGCCGCCCCGCGCUGGCCGGCUUGCGCGCACGCCGACCCUCUGCCUCGCGUCGCCCCGGCCAUCGGCUCCUCCCACAACCCGGCUGUGCCGGCUCCGGCCGGCUUCGGUCCCGCCUGCUCGCAGCGUCCGGCCGCGCCCCGCUCCGGCCUCCUCCGCGCGCCCGGCCCGCGACGACUCCGGGUCGCCUGCGCCGCCCGCGGGCUCGCGCCCCCGUCGUCGUCUGCCCCUGCGACGCCACCUCUGGUGUCUCGUCCGCCGCCGCCUCCCGCGCUGGCCGGCCUCUCGCGCCGCCUACUGGACUCGCCCCGCUCGGCCGGCUUCCGCGCUGGCCGGCUCCCCUGCCGCCCUGUGCCCGUCCGCGUCCGGACUACGCGCGCGCCUGCUCCACCUCGAGCCCGGCCGUGUCCGGCUCCCUGGUGCCGCCCCGUGCCCGGCCGGGUCCGGCGAGCGUCGCGCUCGGCCACCCAUCCCCGCCCCAGCCGGCUCCGGGUCCCCGCCGGGUCGCCUCCACCUGCGGCCGGGUGCCCCGCACUCGCCGGCUCCGGGUCCUCGCCGGUUCGCCUCGUGCGCGCUCUCACGCUGGCUCCCGCCCCAUGCGCCUCGCACCGCUGCCUCCAGCCGGCCGCGGCCCCGGGCCGGCUCCGCCCCGCACGCGCGUGGCGCCUCCCACUCCGCCGACCGCCGGCUCCGCCUCCGCCCGUGGCCGGGUUGCGCGUGCCGGCUCCACCUGCCAACCCGGCGACCCGGCGCUUGGCCGGCUCCGCCCCGCAUACCGGCUGGCCGGCUCCGCCUGCCAACCCGGCGACCCGGCGCUCGGCCGGCUCCGCCUCGCCUACCGCCUCCACCGCGCUCGGCCUCCCCGCCGCCUACUCGCGUGCCGGCUCACCGCCCCGGCCGGCUCCCAGCCUGGGCCGCCUCGCAUCCGGCUGCCGUCGCGGCCUCGCCCCGCGCUCCUCUGCCAGCAGAAAAGAGCAUCCGGAUCCGGCUAAAAAAAGAAGAAAGUGCGCGUCCGAGAAACGAAGCAAAAGAAAGAAAUGUGCGUCCGACUGCCAGAUGUGCGUCCGACCGCUGGCUGCCUGGCCGCCUACAAAGAGCCCGACUGAUGUGUCGGAGUCCGCCUGCCCAGCCGACUGA